AUGAACGGUUUAAUUAAGACUACGCAGCGAGUUAUACAAAGUUGUGUCAAAAAUACAAGCUUAACCAGCGCAUUAGUGUCCCGUACACAAGCUCCCGUAAAACGUGAUUUUACUAGAGGAAUAUGGCAUAUGACCUGUUCCAAGCGUUUAGAUGGCCUCCAAUCUACUUCAAGUUUGCUGCACAACCAUUCUAAUACUUGCAGUUGCGGUUGCGGACUAAAGGCACUUCAUACAAAAGGUGAGAGAGAACUAGUGGAGUUCCUCACUGAAGAGAUAGUGGCAGAGCGCAAAGCUCAGAAAGUGAAGGCACUCCCCACUGAGGUUGAAGGAUUUACAGUUAAGGGUGAUGGUGCAGAAGUAGUCCUUACAAAGCAAUUGAAAGAUGAAAUUGUAAGAAUCACAUUCAAUGUGAACCACACAGUUGAUUCUGAAGACUUUGGUGAGGGCGAGGUACAAGCUGACAAACAAGAGUUUACAGAGAUGCGUUCUAAGCCACAGUUUGAAGUUGACCUGGUUCGUGGGGACAGCACUCUUGGAUUUACCUGCUCUUUCUUGCAGGAACCACCAACACCUGGUGAUGAGUACAGCGACAUUUUCGGAAUUGACGAGGUGACGCUGUACAAGGGCGAGUGGUCGGACAAAGUGUAUGCUGUAGCUGGUGAUGUUCUUGAUGGGUAUCUCUACGACCUUUUGAUGAACCUAUUAGAAGAGAAAGGAGUCAGCAAUGAGUUUGUUCAGAAACUGUCAGAUUUCAGCACUGCCUAUGAACAUUCGGCUUACAUUAACUUACUUGAAGGCAUCUCAAAAUUCACUAUUGGAAAACAAUAA